AAGGUUGUAGGAAAAUUAACCAAACCGUUAAGAGACGGUGAAUAUAAUAUUAUCAAAGUGUAUCAUCGCAGUUUUGCAACUCGGUACUGUCCGUAUUCACUUCAGUUUGUCCAAAAAAAAACAAAAAAAAAACCCCGAAUCUUUCUGGGUUCAACUUGCGGAGUCACCUCUGCACCGGAAGUGAUAGUAAGGACGAAGCUAGUUAGCACACAUGGACCGCGGUUUGAUGAACUGUGUACUUCGUGUAUGUGUUGCUAGAUGAAGUGUGUUUUAUCAUCUCCACUGUCAGCCCUGUUAUAGACGUGGUGAGAAAGACCUAAGCUACUUCUGCGCCCAUCGAAUCCAGCCCAAACGCAGGUGACAAGUGAUCAAUGACGGCUUUGGUCAGCAAUGGCUGUUGUGUCAUGGAAGGAGAUUUUACUUUUGACUGGACUGGUGGUGGGGUGUUAUUGGAACAGUUUGUCAUGCGGGUUUGUGUUUGACGAUGUCUCUGCAAUCCUUGACAACAAGGAUCUACGCCCAUCAACCCCUCUCCGCAACCUUUUCCUCAAUGACUUCUGGGGAACACCCAUGGCUGAGGAGCGGAGCCAUAAAUCUUACAGACCCCUGACAGUGCUCACCUUUCGACUGAACUACCUCUUCAGUGAACUCAGCGCAGCUUCCUACCACCUGCUCAAUGUCAUUUUACAUGCUGUAGUAUGUGUGCUUUUCCUGCGAGUGUGCCGAUCAUUCCUGGACAAGACUUCCAGCUUGGUGGCAGCUUUACUGUUUGCCGUGCACCCCAUCCACACUGAAGCUGUCACUGGUGUGGUUGGCAGAGCUGAACUUCUUUCAUCAAUCUUUCUUCUGGCUGCUUUCCUGGCAUAUACAAAGUCAACUGGACCAGACCAUUCCAUUGUUUGGGCUCCCAUCGCUCUGACAGUAGUUUUAGUGGCUGCAGCAACACUGUGUAAGGAACAGGGAAUCACGGUUAUUGGUGUUUGCUGUGUCCACGAGAUCUUUGUUGCACAGGGGUUCACCUUGCCAAUGCUGCUGGACACAAUAUGGCAAGUCUUGCAAGGUAAAGACGGUUUUCCCUAUGCUGUCCUGCAAACUCUUCUGAAGCUCAUUGUUCUAGUCAUCAGCACCCUGCUGCUUGUUAUCAUCAGAGUCCAAGUCAUCCAGUCCCAGCUUCCUGUCUUCACCAGAUUUGAUAACCCGGCAGCAGUCAGCACUACACCCACCAGACAACUGACUUUCAACUACCUACUUCCUGUGAAUGCAUGGCUCCUGCUGAAUCCCUCAGAGCUCUGUUGUGACUGGACUAUGGGCACAAUCCCUCUGGUGGAGUCACUUCUAGACCUGCGUAACCUGGCUACUCUGGUGUUUUACAUUUUUCUGGGUCAUCUUGCUUAUCAUAGUCUGCGCUACAGACACAGUUCUGCCAAGACAGUCAUCAUGGCCCUGUCUUUGAUUGUUCUGCCUUUUAUUCCAGCAUCCAAUCUCUUCUUCCCUGUGGGAUUUGUUGUGGCAGAGAGGGUACUUUAUGUUCCCAGUAUGGGUUUCUGUGUUCUUGUUGCACAUGGAUUCAAGAUGGUCUCACAUAAAGGACAAUUGAAGAAAAUUUCCUGGUUGAUGAUUGGAGUGCUGUUAACGACACAUGCAGUCAAAACAUUCCACAGAAAUUGGGACUGGGAGUCAGAAUAUACUCUCUUCACCUCUGCGCUGAAGGUCAACAAAAACAAUGCCAAGUUGUGGAAUAAUGUUGGCCAUGCUUUAGAGAACCAGAACAAUUAUGCAAAGGCCCUACGGUAUUUUCUUCAGGCCACUCGAGUCCAACCAGAUGAUAUUGGUGCUCACAUGAAUGUUGGCAGAACCUACAAGAACUUGAACAAGUCCAAAGAGGCAGAAGACGCUUACUUGGUUGCGAAGUCCCUCAUGCCACAGGUUAUUCCUGGUAAGAAGUAUGCGACACGUGUUGCCCCUAACCAUCUCAAUGUUUACAUAAACCUGGCAAAUCUGAUCCGGGCCAACGACUCGCGGCUUGAGGAGGCCGAUCAGCUCUACCGACAAGCAAUAAGCAUGAGACCAGACUUCAAACAAGCUUACAUCAGCAGGGGGGAACUGCUUCUAAAGAUGAACAAGCUCACAGAAGCCCGGGAUGCCUAUCUCCGAGCCUUAGAGCUUGAUCGCACCAAUGCUGACCUGUGGUAUAACCUGGCCAUCGUCAACAUCGAAAUGAAAGACCCGUCUGAAGCCCUGAAGAACUUCAACCAUGCCCUGGAGCUCAACCCACGCCACAAGCUGGCGCUCUUCAACUCAGCACUUCUCAUGCAGGAGUCUGGCGAGCCGAAGUUCUGGCCUGAAGCUAAUCGUCGUUUCCUCAUCUAUGUGGAGGAGGAGCCCGAUGAUGCCAAUGGCUAUUUCAACCUUGGCAUGUUGGCCAUGGAUGCCAAUGAAAAUGCAGCAGCUGAACGGUGGAUGCGCAAAGCUAUUGGUCUGCAGGCUGGCUUCCGCAGUGCCCUGUUUAACCUAGCAUUGCUCUACUCUCAAUCAAAACGUGAAGUGGAUGCACUGCCUGUGUUGGAUGAGUUGUUGCGCCACCACCCAGAGCACAUCAAGGGCCUUAUCCUUAAGGGUGACAUCCUCAUGAAUCACAAGAAGGACACCCAGGGUGCCAAGGCCUGUUUUGAGCGCAUUUUAGGUAUGGACCCUACCAAUGUCCAAGGAAAGCACAACUUGUGCGUGGUCUAUUUUGAGGAGCGUGACCUGCCACGAGCCGAACGAUGCCUGGAGGAAACACUGGCCCUGGCACCAAACGAGGAGUAUGUGCGUCGCCACUUGAGUAUUGUACGUAGCAAGAUGGCUGCCAUGAGCGCAGCAGGCCAACCACUGUCUUCAGCUACCACUGAGGGAGCAACCACAUCAUCCAAGGAGGAAGUGCCACAGAGAGCUAAGGAGGGCACGGAAGAGGUUGUUGAGGGUGGAGAGGAAGGGAGGGGUGCUAAUGCUGUUGGAAGGGAGGCUGGGGAUGAGAAGAAUGAACGGAAAUCCUCUACAGAAAGUGUCAGAGGUGUGGGUGUGGACCAAUCAAAAUCUUUAGAUAGUAGCCAGUCGGACAAGCAGACUAAGGUUAAGUCCACCAAAGACAUUAAAGAUAUAGAGAAAAAAAGAGAAGCUGCCUUGAAAAGACUAGAGGAGAUUGAGCGCAUAUUGAGUGGUGAUUGACAUUGCUGUAAUUUAUAGCUGGACUACUUUUGUAGAGCUGUAUAAGACUGUAUUUUCCCCCUUUGGAAAUAUGUAUCCAUAAUCACUUGCCAAUUAAUUUUUUUGAUUUAUUCACAUUUGCAGGCCACUCACUAUUGUCUGCUGGUUUAACACUAAUCAUGGAAAGAAGGAAAAUCUUGAUCUGCACAUGAAAUUUUGCAACAUUAGCAGUAACAUGAAGCACAAAGCAAACGUGGGAGGAUGUUUUUAAAGCUUAUGCAGAUGCCGCUGUGUGUGCGUGUGUGUGUGUGUGGAUGUGUGUGUAUGUGAUCUGUCUGAAUGAGAUUUCACAUAUCAUAGAUCUGCAGUAGUUUGUUUUUGUUUUUCUAUGUCUAGUUAUUGUUUAUCACUGGAUUUUAUUUUCUCACCAAGAUGUGACUCACUCUGUGCUAUUGUUUUUAAAAACAGAAUGAUUGUAUCAUGAACAAUUAAAGGAAAUGACAUGUUCCCCAGAUUUCCUCAGGGCAGGAUUAUAUCUGCAGAGAUUGCCCCUUAAAAUAAACCACACAGAGAGCAAAGUAACUCUCCAUAUUACACCGACACCAGGCUUAUGUGUAUUCUAUUACAGCGUUGGCUAAUCUCUAUUGAUCUCACUCAGCACUUCCUGCCACUACAGCAUCAGCCAGUACUCCGAGCAGUCUUUACCUCAAAAUUUCAUUGUGAGCCCAUCUAAAGACAAUUUGUGUUAUUCCUUUUGUCACAUUACCCAUCCCUCCCCCUCACAUUUCUACAACUGGCUCCCAUGCUUCAGACACCGCGGCCCCAUUAGAGAUGUUUUGCAUGUUUUUCCUCUGCCUUUCUCAGUAAACCUCCAUAGAAGUUUACUGAGAAAGUGAUUUUUUUUUUUACCGUACAUUUUUUAAAUUUUCACACAUAAGAGAACUGAUUACUGUAGCUUAGGAGUAUUGUAGUGGUACUACCAGGUCUUGCUAUGCAUUGUGACCCUAAAAGUUUAUGUACAUACAUUUACAGGUUAUCAUAUCCAGUGUUAUUUAUUACUUUUAUAUGCACUGCAAAUACUGUAGUUGUUUUUGUUCACCAGUGGUGAUAUUCUUUCAUUUCAAGGUGAAUUAUUUAGUCCGUUAAAAAAAUUCCAGUAUGUGUAUUGUCACGUUUGGGGGGGGGGAGUCUUGGAUUUCAGUAGAUUCCAUGUCAGUGUUAAACAUGUACAAAAUUAUCAACUGUCGACCCUAAGAAGCAAAGUUUUGAACAAGGAUGCACCCGCUUUGCCACUUUUCCUGUUUCACCGCAUUUUGAGUAUUUCUUUUUCUUUUAAAUGCAAUAACUAUUGGUGGUGGGGGGGUGUAGGUUAUUAAAUAAAGUGAGCUGACAACUCGGCA